AUGGGUUUCUUGCAAGCCUGCCGGAGACCCCAUCACGAUGGAGAGUCCUGGAACUCUUCAGCAUCGACGACGAUGACGAUUCCCUCGCCUGUUGAGUCAUUUGAAGGCCCAUCAGAAAGUGGUGAGAUCCAUCCAGGAGAAUCUAACAACUCCCUGAAUCAGAGUGUUUCUGAUAUCCAAGCUCUGCCUUCUCCCAAGUCAUUCAUGUCAUGUGGUGAGGAACCAUUUAAACACAAUUUACCAGAACGGUUGGAACCGCUCCCACACCGGGUGAACUGGAACGACUCGGAAGACUCGGUCCAACAACUUCACUCUCCACUGAACCUCAUGGAAAUGUCAUCAUUCAUAGCCACACCUAACACUAUGGGAAACACUCCACCUGUUUGGAUGGGUGAAGUGAGCUAUGAAAACUGUGGGAUUUUUGAUAAUUCAGCUGAUGUCAUUGAUGUAGCCUCCAUGUCAGCCAGACCACAGUCAACUCCAAAGAAGAAUCCCUGUAGGAAGACCAGAGUAUAUCGCUUUGAAUGCUGUGUUGGGAGGAUGGCAUUUGCUGAUCUUCAUGACAUCGAGGAGCAGCUGGACAAGAUGUCGGAGAAGGAGAAGAAGAAGCUUUUGGUGGAUUUGAUUCAGAAGAACUCCUCAUGCAGUGGCCAAACCAUCUCAUUGAAAGGUGUAACCCUCUGCAAACCGUGCUGCUUGAAUCUCUUUGGCAUCACUAAGGUGGAAUGGGAGAAGUUACAGAGAAGACAACCAUUUGGCAUUCCCAAGACCCCAAGAAGGAGACCCAAGCAAGAGUUUGCCCAGGCUUGGCUGAGGAGAUUUCUACAAGACCAUGGUCAGCAUUCGCCUACCCCAACAAAGAAGACAUUUGUUCAAGGGUUUACAAGGAUUCAGAUUCAUCGGGAGUUCCUGAAGGAAUUUACCGCAAAGGGAUACUGCAAGGAGAGCCUUCUUCAGUUUAGCCGCUUCACAACCCUUAUCAGGAAAAUGAAAGUUUCACUUGGAAAG